UAUUAUUUAUUACUUCUCUGAUUUCAGUGUCUUACUGAUUUUUAAGUUUUUUUUUUUGUUUUGUGUGUUUUUAUUCGUGUUCUUAAGGCAGAUAAACUAGCGAACAUUUAGUAAAAUCGCUUGUUUCUGUUAUCUGCUUCGAAUCAGUGAGCAUCUCUGGUAGCUAGAUUUCACCACUUGCACACGGUGUGCACACACUGAACCGUGGUGGCUGCCUCUUGCAUAUUUUUGUUUUCUCGUAAUAAUAUCAAAGUUCUUGGUUACAAAUUAAAAUUAAAAAUAGUUAGACCCUGCAAUACGUAAUCGAAGGUGUUAAUUGGACCAGUAACGAGGGCACCCAAACCCGGAUAGUGGGCGAUAGAGGGGUCCAAUUAACGACAUUGCCCAGCGAACUGCGCAAAUGCCCGAUGGCACCACACUCGACAUUCGCCAGGCUGCAAAUUAAGGAAUAAAUCAAGGAAGGACGCACAGGAGGACGCAGGAUGGAUGACCUGUCGCAGGGCGACAUCUGUCGCGUGUGCCGCUGCGAGGCGCAGCCGGACAGGCCGCUCUUCUAUCCGUGCAUCUGCACGGGAUCCAUUAAGUACAUUCACCAGGAUUGCCUGAUGCAAUGGAUGCGCUACUCGCACAAGGAAUACUGCGAGCUAUGCGGCUACCGCUUCAGCUUCCAGCCCAUCUAUGCCCCGGACAUGCCCCGUGUCUUGCCGCUCAAGGACGUGCUGGUGGGACUGAUGUCGGCCGUUCUGGAGGGCGCUCGCUGCUGGCUCCACUAUUCGCUGGUGGGCAUGGCCUGGUUCGGAGUGGUCCCGUUGUCGGCCUACCGCACCUACCGUUACCUGUUCCGGGCCAGCUCUUUUGACAUGAUCCUUACGCUGCCGUUCGACAUUUUCUCGAUGGAAAACCUAGCAUCGGAUGCCUUUCGCGGCUGUUUUGUCGUAACCUGCACACUGCUAUCGUUCAUAGGACUGGUAUGGCUGCGCGAGCAGAUACUCCAUGGCGGCGGUCCCGAUUGGCUGGAACGGGAUGAUGCACCCCUGCAGGCUGCCGCCCCGGCAGCUCCGGCUCCAGCGCAGGCACCAGAGGCCGCUGCUGCGGAACCACAGGAUGACAACAACAAUGGGGAUGCGCCGCAGGAUGUGCCGCCCAUGGAUAAUGAGGCGCCAGCUCCAGCUGCCGCACCAGCUGUGGCCGCUGCUGCAGUGGACGCCGACGCUGAUGAACAGAACUGGAACCCCAUGGAAUGGGAUCGUGCUGCCGAGGAGCUGACCUGGGAACGCCUUCUGGGACUGGACGGCUCGCUCGUUUUUCUCGAGCAUGUCUUCUGGAUCAUCUCACUGAACACCAUGUUUAUUUUCACGUUCGCCUUUUGCCCCUAUUGCGUGGGCAACUUCAUACUGAGCUCGAUGGAUCUGCUGCAACCGGAGAAGCCCCUGCUGCACUUUCACGGCCUAAUCACGACGCUCUUUGGAUACUGCUGCAUCGGACUGACACUGGUGGUGCUACACUUCUUCGCCCGAGUGUUCCGCCUGAGACGCGUUUGCUGGUUCAUCGGACUGUGCUAUAUUGUGGUGAAGGUCUCGCUGCUGUCCGUGGUGGAAAUUGGCGUGCUGCCAUUGAUCUGCGGCUGGUGGCUGGACAUUUGUUCGUUGCCCUUGUUGGAUGCCAGUCUAAAGGAUCGCAAGGCGAGCUUCAAGGCGGCACCUGGCACCUCACUCUUCGUUCACUGGAUGUUUGGCAUGGUCUAUGUGUAUUAUUUUGCCGCCUUUAUAUCGCUGCUACGAGAGGUUCUGCGACCGGGCGUUCUCUGGAUAUUCCGGAAUGUAAAUGAUCCAGACUUUAGUCCGAUUCAGGAGAUGAUCCACGUACCGAUUGUGCGGCACAUUCGACGCUUAGUUGCCUCGGCCAUGAUCUUUGGCUUUGCGGUGCUGCUCAUGCUUUGGCUGCCCAUUCGAAUUCUACAGUUUGCCUGGCCAAAUUUCUUGCCCUAUGCCUUGAGUGGCGAUGCGGAGGUCAAUGAUUUGAGUCUUCAGUUGCUUCUCUUGCAGGUCGUCUUGCCCGGCUUCUUUGAACAAAUCCAGACGCGCAUUUGGCUUAAGGGACUACUACGUAUUUGGUGCACUGCCGUGGCCUGGCUUCUUGGCAUUCGUAGCUAUUUGCUGCCAGCUCCUGAGCCAGAGAAUCCCACAGCCGCCGAGGAGGAGGGAGUUGAUGCCGCCGCCGCCGCCGCUGCGGAGAAUGCCAACGAGGGCGAUGCCGAGGGUGAGGGAGUUGCUGCUGCUGCACCACCGCCACCACCACCACCACCUCCGCCGCCAGUAGAACCAGCGCCAGCGCCACGAAAUCUUGCCGCCGCUCAUCAGGCCAUAAUGCAGCGCGAUGCGCCCGUUGGUUUCCAGCCUUACGACAAGCCUUCGCUGUUUGCCAUUCGACUGUGCGCCUUGCUGCUUCUCAUGUGUCUCUCCAUUGUGUGUGCUGCCAUGUUGACCCUCACAGUACCCGUGUACAUUGGCCGGCGGUUGAUGCUGCUGUGGACAGGUAAUCCCGCGGAUAAGGUGGCUGCAGGAGCGGCAGUUGCUGGUGGCGCAGGAGCAGCCGGUGUGGCUGGAAAUCUGGCAGCUGUGGAUCCGGAGGCUGCAAGGAAAAACGAACGAUUGCUGCGUUCGCAUGAGCUAUACACCGCCGAAAUUGGUGGCUACCUUUGCUGGAUUAUAUUUCGCGGAGUUGCUGUGGUGGUCACCCUGUUGCCGCAAGGACGAGCGGCCAUUAUCACGAAGCUAAAGGAUUGGGCGCGCGUGGCAUUGCAAUAUGCCUUGCCUGUUUUAACUCUACUCGGAAUCUUCGUGCUGGUUCCUUUGCUGUUUGGCCUGCUGCUGGAGUUGGUCGUGGUGAUACCUUUAAGGGUCCCCUUACGCAAGACACCCAUACACUUCCUAUGGCAGGAUUGGGCACUGGGAGUGCUCUACAGCAAGAUUGCUAUUGCCAUGACCCUAAUGGGUCCCGAUUGGCAUCUGAAGCGUUCCCUGGAGCGGGCGUAUAUGGAUGGAUUGCGCGAUUUUGAUUUGAAGUUUGUGAUGCGCGACUUGGCUGUUCCGGUAGUUACUACCUUUGGCCUAGCCUUGGCAGCGCCCUAUGUCCUGGCGCACAUGAUGUUCCCAAUUUUCAUCACCGACCCCUAUGCGCGGCAUGUUGUCGCCCGGAUGGUGUAUCCUGUUAGCUUUAUUGUCGUGGGCAGCAUAUGCUUCGUCUUGUUCCAGAUCAAGCAGCUGAAGAAGCUCUAUCUAUCGAUCAAGGUGGAUAAGUAUUUGGUUGGCCAGCGGCUGGUCAACUAUGAGCACCGCAAGAAGCAGCAGCAACAGCAGCAGCAGCAGGCGGAGGAGGAGGAGCAACAGAGGGCCGCCAGGGAGCUGAAGGAGCACCAGGACAGGGAGCGGGAUAGGGAACGGGAAAGGGAGGAGCUGGCACGUGAACCGGAACUGGCACAGCUUCUGUAACGAGAUCAGAUAUAUAUAUUCCACGAGAAGCUAUUGAACUGCGAGUGGAGCUGCAUUAGUUGCUGGAUAUACAUAUAAUAUAUCUCUGUUUAGUCCAUGCGAUUCUUUCGGAAAAGUUUUACGUGUGAAAAAUAUGAAACAAGAUUUUGGCCUCUGCUUCGGCUCCUUUUCCACACACAGCCUUUAGUUUACUUUUUCGUUAUUAUGAUUAAUAAUCUGUUAGUAAAAAUUGUUGUUAAAAACAUGUAUCGCUAAUAAGUCCUAAGUUGUAUAAUAUUUUAAGACAGCCGCUGCGCCAAACCUCCCCUUAACCCUUAAGCCCACAGAGUUCACAUAAAUAUCUUAUUAAUGUAAUUGACAAAAGCGUAUAAAACCUUGUAUUAGAGUCAUAUGCAAAAGAGAAAAAAUAACAAAAAAAUCUACAUUUUAGAAUGAUUAACAACCGAGGAAAAUUCAAAAUAUAAAACCCCAAAAUUCAACAUGGUGGAAGUGGUGAAAAAGAAAUCUUAAGGAUAGUGAAGACAUUUUCGAGCUAGCUUUAUGAACUGUAAAAAAUUAUAUAUGUAUAC